AUUACUUAAGUAUAUAAGUUGUUGAAAAUUGAUUUCAUAAUGUAUUCACAUUGAAGAUUCAACAAAUUGAAAAUACUUUUUGUGUAUGGAUUCAAUGGCGGUUACAAAAUUUCAAGUUCCUAAGGACUGUUUUCCGCGACUGUCUUUCGCUUCAAGAAAUACUCCUGGGAUAGAAGCAAGAUUCAAUAGAUUGAUGAAACAGGCUGGAAUUACUGUUGAAAAAGACCGUCACUGCAGUAAAACUGAUUCAGUUAUCAUUUCUAUAUACAGAAAAAUGGACGAAAAUGACACUUUCACAACUGAAAAAAUUGUAAAACGAAAUUCAAGCAAAAUAGUUGAAUUGAUAGACGAUUUUCAUCAAAAGAACAAAGAGUGUUUGAAAAUUGCUAUACUUACUACUAUGGAAAAAGAAGAUAUCUUAAAAUUAGUAUUAAAUACUAGUAAACGUUUUGAAAUUUAUGUCGUGCGUUCACAAAAGCAUGCACAGGAAGUCAAAAAUCUUCUUAAUUCAGAGGAGGUCUCUGUAGUUACUACAGCAGAAUCACUCGCCAGUGAUAUUGAUGAUUAUUUGGAACAUGAAGCGUACAAACCGUUGAUGGAAUACUACAAGAUUUUACAGGAUUUGUUGGACUGCAGUCUUGAUGAAAACGUUGAAGAUAAGCAGAUGAUUUCCAAAUUUGAAACACCUAUACCAAGAAAAACGAUUGAACAACUGCUAGAAGAAAUUAUGGCGUUGUUAAAUUCAAGUCAUAUACCAGCGCAGAAAAUACCUCAACAAAAGAGUGUCACUGGACCUAUUUCAGAAAAGGUAAGAAAGGCACUUUUUGAAACUUGUCCAACGAUAAAGGCCGUAGGCUACCGUUUCCAAAAGGUACACGUUUAUCUUGAAGAAAUAAAAGAUAAGAAUGAAAUGAAAGAACGUGAACAAAUAAUUGCAGAUUUUAUGAGCGAUCAAAAUAUUACAAAUUAUAGUACAUCAAUCGUUUAUCCGGAAAUGAAGGAGCUAAUGUUUGCUGGGUCAAAAAUUAUAGCUCGAAACGAAAAUCAAAACAUCAACAAGUCAGGUUGUCUUGGAUGUAUAGCAGAAAUGAAAGCAAAGAGUUCGAGGACAGACUGCAUACUUGUUUCAAAACAUGUUGUGUCGCACUGUUCUGACGUUUUUCUUGUCGAAAACGGACCAGAAAGAAGGAUUGCCAGUGUCAUUGAAAGUACAACCACACAAGAACAUGGGUCGCUUGAUAUAGCAGCGGCUGAGGUUUUUGUGAAGAUUGAUAAUGACGACAGAAAAUUAAAAGAUUCCGUUGGUAAUCUACGGCGCGGAAAACUUAUUGAAAACAUUGAGGCUAAACAUGCAACAAUGUCCGGAAUAAAAGUUCAUGUCUGGGGAUCGAAAUCCCAACCCGGAAAGGGAAUUAUUACAGAUACCAAUUACAUCAUUGAGGGAAUGAAUGCCAGCCUUGUUCAAAUACAAAAUGAGGAAAGUUAUCCAGGUGCUGAGGUAAAACCUUUUGCAGAAGAAGGAGAUAGUGGGGUAAUCAUUUGUUCUGAUGACCCCGACGAUGAACAUGUGAAGGCAUACGCGAUGCUCAUGGGUGCAAAUUCAAAAACUACAUACAUAGCUCUUCCGUUGGAUAAAGGAAUCAAACAACUUGAAGAACAGACAGGGAACAAAUUUACCCUCUUUAAAGAAGAAAACCCUUCUAACUAGGAUGUGGAAGAUUCAGUUUGUAUUUAAGUAGCCAAGACUUCAAUAAUUUGCGAAUGAAAUGAAAUUAAACAUGACAAUACAUGAACAGCUGGCGCCCCGAUGCAAUCUUGAUCGACACAUAUUGCACUUAAGGGAUUGUUGUUAGUUCACGAAUGGGGGAUUACUGUGAUUUCAAGGCAUGUAAUGAACAACAUUUCUCUAGAGGUCCGACCUAAACAGCAUGAACAUGCACAAUCUAAUAAACAGAAUAUUGUAGAGAUAUGUAAGUAAUUUCACGAGGGCUGUGUCACAGGGUGAGAAAAAUGUGCAGCCGGACCAGGACUCGAAACCGGGACCCUCGGAAUACCGUACCGCGGCUCUUUCGACUGAGUUAUCCGGCCACUUACACAUCUUCUCCCCUAAAAAGUGAACAUUUCUGAGCCGUGACAGCUGAAUAGCACAAGUUAUGGAAUCAACCACAAUCGCUUUGCUAUACGCUCAUACGGUGUUACCACACGACAAGACCGGGCUACAUUCACGUGUUCACUCUGCGUUGCGAAUAUUUAAUUUCACAUGAUUGACCUAGUUUUAAAUGUUUUGGUUUCUAUUCAAGGAGGGGGGAUUCACUCAUAUUUAAAAAAGAAAUUUUGAGAAUCCCCCCUUUUUUCAGAAACAGGGGGAAAUUUUUACAUAGAGAAAGAAGGAAAAAGAUCAACAAAUGUAAUAAUUUCUCACUUUUUGAUAAAAUUCCCCCUUGUUUUCCGAAUCCUAAAAUAGACACUGUGUGCUCGCGUACAAGUGAGUUUUAAGCUUUUGUUUCAAUGCAAGUUUGUUCAUUUACUUUAGAAUUGUUUUCGUUAGUGACAUGUACAAAUGCGUUCAUAAAUGCGUUCACGUAUAUAGAUUUUUCAGUUUUGAUUUCAUUUGAUUAUGGAAUAUUAUUUUAAAGCAUAAUUAUAGUUUUAGUGUUUUCUCAUACAUUUCUUCAAUCAAAAAAUGAUUAUGUACAAAUUUAUUUAGCAAAACAAUAAGCUUGUUAGUCAAUUAAUUUGAGGCUAUGACUAAUUAAUAGAUGUGUUUUAUGCUAGGCAUAUUAAAAGUUUAUAUAUUUACUUUUAGUUUUUUUUUUCAGAAAUAAAGUGUUUAUGUUUUCAUGCAGUUUAUAUAUACAAUAUUAUAUAUUGAACAAUUUUAUAUGUUUAUGAUAUACUUACAACUUUGUGCUUCUUUUGAUAUGAACCUUAUAUAUCUUAUGUCUUAUAAUUAUCCGUCAUGUUGUUUUCUCGUCUAUGGUAAGUAUCUUCCCUUUUGUCCCUAGUUUUAUAUUUUUAAUUUUGUCCCGCCCUUUCCCGAAUCUCGAGUCGCCUUCCCCGAGCCCUUUUACUUUGUGGGCCUGUGGGCGUGAGGGAUAUUGCACGUAUUAAUUUUUCCUCAUGUACAGACUCAAUCAAACCGAGUCUGCAAUUGUCUUGUAAUUUUGUUGUGAUUAAUGCUCCCGAGGGAUCACCUUGUUUCUAGAUUUCUAUUUAACAAUCAGUUAUUUGUUUUCUUUGAUUUUCUUGUCGGUUACUAUUAUUUCCUUUUAAGUAUCAGUUAUGUGAUUGCCCUAACCAUUUCGUAACGGGGGCGGGGGUCCUCCUUGUUCGGGGGUUCUUGUUACUGGAUCGUGUGGAGGUGCGUUCAUUGACACCGCCCUUCCUUAUUGAUCUUGUUUUUCAUAUUUUUAUUUAAUUAUAUUGUUUCCUUCGGACGUUUUUGCGUUCUUUUGAUUUUUUUGUACGAUAUUCUUUUUGUAUAUGUUUUGUGUUUUGUUUAUUGUAAGAAGUGUAAUAGGAAUCGGUUUAUUUUGUGUUCGUCAACAAAUUUUAACAUACUGUAGAGAUCAUACAUUUAUGUUAUGCGUUACAAUCAGAGCAGUAAAAGCUAGGUCAUUGGAUAGACAUUUUGAUGUUAUUUUGCGAUGCGGCACGUUGUUAUUCUUAUGAUCUCCUGGAACAACUGAAAAAAUGGAAGGUAUUGACUUUAUUAACGUCUUAAAACAAAUUGGUAUUAGAUGUAUUUUAAUUUUAACGCUAAAUUUGCUGCACAUCUAUAGUUCAAACAUAAAUUCACCACAUUUAUGUUUCCUUGCAACUUUAAUCAAAUCAAUAUGGUAUAGUAUUCCUCGUUUUUCAACAUUUAAUGCAGAGUUUACAAAACUGUAUAUUAUAAGAAAAUACUUGUACAAUCUUAGUUUUUAUUUGAACGCGGCUGCAUCUGGCCAAUUUUUUUGUGACUUUUUAAAUAUACAAUAUAUACAUAUAGUUGUCCAUUGCUACAUGUUGUGUUUCGGUGCUUGUUAUGUUAUUUGUUCUUGUAUUUCUUCUAUAUAUAUUGUUUUAUUCUUGACUUCUAAUAAUACCAAUUAAUGGUUAUAUUUAUUCAAUACUAAAUUUGUAAUAUAACAGAAAUAAAUUCUUAAUGUUCUAAGCCUCUUGAUUCCAUUACUCGAACGGAUCCAUCUCUUGACCAAAGUUAU